CGAUGGAGAUCUCUCUGGGCCAGUGGCUGCUUAUCCUGUUCCUGGUGGUGGUCCCACUUCUGUACGAAUGGAGCGCCACCUUCAAGUAUUUCUGCAAGAUGGCCUUCUACAACAGUUACAUCCUCUUCCUGGCCAUCAUCGUCAUCCCAGUCUGCGCGCUUCGCGGACGCAACGUGGAAAACAUGAAAGUAAUCAGAUCCAUGAUGCUGCAUGUGAAGUACCUGUACGGGAUCAAGAUUGAGGUGCGGGGGAUAGAGAACUUCAAUAUCAAGGAACCUUACGUGGUGGUCUCCAACCACCAGAGCUCGUUGGACUUGCUAGGGUUGAUGGAGGUGCUUCCAGACCGGUGCGUGCCGAUCGCCAAGAAGGAGCUGAUGUACAUGGGCACGGUGGGCUUGGCCUGCUGGCUGGGGGGCAUCAUCUUCAUCAACCGCAAGAAGACGGACGACGCCAUCAGCGUCAUGUCAGAGGCCGCCCAGACGAUGCUGCGUGAGGAUGUCCGGGUCUGGGUGUUCCCAGAAGGCACCAGGAAUCACAGCGGCUCCAUGCUGCCCUUCAAGCGGGGUGCCUUCCACUUGGCCGUGCAGGCCCAGGUUCCAGUCAUCCCAGUUGUGAUCUCCUCCUACCGGGAUUUCUACAGUAAGAAGGAAAGGCGCUUUACUACGGGGCGCUGCCCCGUCCAGGUCUUGCCUCCCAUGGCCACACGGGGGCUGAGCGCCGACGACGUGCCAGCCCUGACGGACCGGGUGCGCCAGGCCAUGCUCGUUGCCUUUGAGGGGCUCUCGGGGGAGCUGGGUGCCCCACAGUGACCCCCCUUCUCCCCCGACUCUCCAGCCCUAGAGAGCUCCAGGGUGGGGUCUGGGAGCUGCUUGUGCCCGUGAGGAGCAGAGGAGGCGGGGCCGCAAUGGAAGAGGGCGGAGCUUAUUCCCAGCAACAGGACCAGGAGUGUGAGAGUCGUGCUACCGUCAAGCAUGGAGAGGAUGGAUUGGCGGCGGU